CAGGGGGUUCAGAGCACACGUGGACACCGAAGUAAACACAGCCCGAUGACGGAGAGGGGACGGAGAGGCCAGCAGAAGAAGGCGGCCAGCAGAGUGCGGCCCUCCAGCAUGGUGUGCAGCCUGGCCAAGAGCUGGCAGUGCUGGGUGGCCGAGAACGAGAAGAAGCGGGACAGCGAGCCCGCAGGGUGGUCCCCGUGUUCCACCGAGCAGGAGGGGAGCAGCAGCACGGGUAGAAGGAGCUGGGCAGGCAGGCACACUGACACAACACAGGCUGGUGAGCCCGGCGAGUCGAAGAUCAGGAGCGGGCCGGUGACGAAAAGUGUGACGAGUCGGGCGCAGGACAAAGGCAGGGACAUCCAGCUGCUGACAAAGAAAUACGAGGAGGACCAAAGCGACCCUCGGCCCACGCCGCUCGGGAACACGACGCCCACCCGGAGGAGGAAGUGCACCAACCUGGUGAGCCAGCUGACCCAGGGAUGGAAGGAGAUGGAGAAGGAGAACCAGCUGACCGCUGGCCACUCGGGGGGCACCAGGAGCAGCAGCGUGGACACGGAGGACAGCGGCUUUCUGGAAGGUGACGAGAAGAACCACCAAGGACCGGAAAAGGCAGAAAAGGAGGAGCAGCAGCAGCAGGUGGUGGAGGCACCAUGUCCCAGAAUUAAACGCCCGCCGGCGCUGGCGGUCAACCGGGACGCGGAGGAAGCCAAGAAGAUCAGCCUUGUCACCAAGAAAUACAGCCCAGUGACCAACCUGAAAGGCAAGUGGCAGAACUGGGCCGAGGAGCACGUCGUGACUCAGAAACUGAACCCCUUCAGUGAGGAAUUUGACUACGAAAUGUCGAUGGCCACCCGCCUGCGUAAAGGCGACGAAGGCUACGGCAGGCCGAAGGAAGGCUCGAAAACGGCAGAGCGGGCCAGGAGGGCCGAGGCUCACAUCCACCGUGAGAUCAGCGACAUGUGCUUCAUCAUCAGGACCAUGGUGGACCCGGACCCUGACGGAAAGACCAGAAUCACGUUCGCGCAGCUUUUUGACAGAUACGUGAGAAUUUCAGAUAAAGUCGUGGGCAUUUUAAUGCGCGCCAGGAAACACGGCAAACUGCACUUUGAGGGUGAAAUGUUGUGGCAGGGCAGAGACGAUGACGUCAUAAUCACUCUGUUAGUCUGACGGUUUUUCACUGAAGACAUUUCUGAUAGGGCGUCUCUGAUUUGCCAAUAAGCGUCUUCUGCUUUACUGUCACCAACCUGAAACACGUACGGCGCAUUCCUCGCGAUAUUCACCUCCCAGCUAAUUCUGUUUUGAUUUGAACUAACGUUCUCUACU